CGCUCUAGCUAGUCAUCUCUUACAAUUGAUCAAUGAGAGUCUAUCGCUGAUCGAACGACUUGUAUAAAAGCUGCGGCGACCCGCCAGACUGGAUCUUCAUGUAAUGCAGUGUACAACAUAGCCCAAAUACGAAAUACUAAAUACCCAGCAUUUUGAAAUACUCUUCAAAAGCUUUCAAGUGUUCUGCCAAGUACUCGAUCAUUACUCUUACCCUCUCUGCAGCACAAAUGAACUUUGAUCAGACCGAUGUUCUGCUCCUCCCGGGCAAUCCGGACGAGCGCUACUGGUUCUACAGCAACCAGGAGAUGAAUCUCAAGGAAUUCGACUAUCCCCUCGAUCUGCUCACAGUAACAUCCAGUCCGUCGCAAUUUAACAACGCUACCAGUGCGCACGAUCUAAUCCAGAACAAUUCCGCCUUCGACUCGUACAUGCCAACUCCGUCUUCCUCACGAACAACACCCAGCCCGCAAAUGUCUCUCUCGCGACCACUCCACACCAGCUCAUCAUCUGCAAAGAAAGAGAAGCUGGGUUCCAAGAAAGGCCGCUCUGCAAAGACGGCGACUGUCUCGGAAGACGAAACGCCAGAAAACAAGUCCUUACGACGCCGAGAACAAAACCGCAUUGCGCAACGCACAUUUCGCGAACGUAAAGACCGAUACAUCCAGACGCUUGAAACACACAUCAAAGAGCUCAACGCGCGACAGCAUUCGCUCGAAGCCAAUUACAAGAAAUCUACCGACCAGGUCAGCGUGCUGUACACACAGCUGGCCGAGCUCAAAGCCGAGCUUGACUACUGGCGAACCGGUGCGCAUAACCCGGCACCGUCCGAAACCGAAGCCAUCCCCAUGCGCAACACCGAGGCGGAGUUGACGCACAAUUUACAAAUACAUCCGUUUUGUUCGCCGCGGUAGUCGGAUUUUAGUCGGAUGUCAUCAUAGAUUAUUUUCGCGUUUCCUUUUAUUUCUGGCUCUGCAUCAACAUCGAAUUGAUCGGUGUUAAAUGAUGUAUAAUUAAAGCGAAUGUUCUAUAGAAAUAAUGCAUAUUCAUUCACAUCUCUUAGCUACGGCAUGCACUAAGCGACAUCUAGAAGGGCC